AUGUAUCGAAAACAAAACAUAGAUGGGCCGGUCACAUCAUGGAAAGAAGAAUCGACGAUAGAUGCACUAGAUGCUAAACGCCCUCGAAGAAGACCGCCAACGAGAUGGGGUGACGUGUUCGCUACACGGAUGGACGAGCUGAGAGCUCAGCUGCAUACGGCUCAAGGACCUCGUCAACGUCACUCACGAAACUUGAGAACAUCUUGGAUGACAAUGGCGCGGGAACGAAACGAGUGGAAGAGAUGCUGGGGCCCGCAUGUCCAGUGA